AUGCGCCUUCUGAAGUCUGGUCCCUUUGUAUCUGGCGACCCGGCUACCCUCGAGCUUCACGAAUUCCGCGAUCGGAAGGAACCACGCUAUGCCGCCCUCUCCCAUCUGUGGGCGGAGGCGCAGGACGAGGUCCUCUUCGCCGACCUGCUGCCUCACUGCGACCCCGCCGUCAAGCUGCGGGAGGGCCACCUCGCCGUCGACCUGAGUCAGGAGCCCGCCGCCUCGCUGCGCCAGAAGCCCGGCUGGCCCAAACUCGCCUUCGCGCUCGAGCAGGCCUACGAGGACGGCAAGGACUGGCUCUGGCUCGACACCGCCUGCAUCGACCGCAGCAGCAGCGCCGAGCUCACCGAGGCCAUCAACUCCCUCUACCACUGGUACCAGGAGUCCGCCAUCUGCUAUGCCUUCCUCCCCGACCUCCCGCUCGAGGACUGGCGAGACGCCGUCCACUCCGACCAGUCGCCCCUCCAGAGCCGCUGGUUCUCCCGCGCCUGGACCCUCCCCGAACUCAUCGCCCCCGGCCACCUCGUCUUCUACUCCCAGGAGUGGACGCGCCUGGGCGACAAGCAUCAACUCCGCCACCUCCUCUCCCUCGCCACCGGCAUCGAGCCCGCCAUCCUCGACGGCAGCCGCAACGUCGAGGAGACCAGCAUCGCCCGCCGCAUGUCCUGGGCCGCCCACCGAGACUGCGCGCUGCCCGAGGACCGCGCCUACUCCCUCGUCGGUCUCUUCGGCGUCAACAUGUCGCCCCUCUACGGCGAGGGCGAGAAGAAGGCCUUCCUUCGCCUGCAGGAGCAGAUCAUGAAGAACAGCGAGGACCACUCCAUCUUCGCCUGGAGCGAUCCCCAGGUCGGCGACCAGUUACAUGGCCUGCUGGCCGACAGCCCGCGCGCCUUUGCCCACUCGGGCGACUUUGAGCCCUACGCCUUCGAGGACCAGUAUCCAUUCGAGAUGAGCAAUCGCGGCGUCCGCAUCAGUCUGCAUCUCACCCCCGACAACGAGAACGGCUUCAUGGCCGCAUUACAGUGUCCCAACGCCUAUCCCGGCAGUGGCUACCUGGCCGUCUACCUUCGCAAACUCCCCUCCGGAGACCGACAGUACGCCCGCGUACACUGCGACGAGAUCACAUCCCUGGACACCCUCGGAAGACCCGAACAGAUCUACAUCCGACAAUCCAUCCCACCCCUCGGCGUCUUCCCCUCGAUGCGCUCCCUACACCAUGGCAUGCACACAUCAAACUACAGCCCCGUCUCCAGAGACUCCACAUACUCACACGUCGUCGACCCCAUCUCACAACGGCCCAUCUCCCCACCACCCAAAUCUCCCAACCGCAGCUCGCCUCCUCCGGAGCGACCCGACAGCGGCAAGAUGUUCCCCAUUCACCUCUUCCACAUCUCCAAAUUCCGAACUUGGGGCGGCUACCAAGUCCUCGACGUCCACUUCCAACCCCCGAAAUUCUCCCUCAAAGACAGGAUAUACGCCGACUUGCGCAAGGAAUUGACAUACCCUCCCAACGUCCCCGACGAACUCCUCCUGACCUUCAAGAUGGUGCAGGAGAGUCACCGCAUCACGGCAGCCAUCCUCGUCGGCCUGCCGGAUGCCGGCGAGAGUCCGGCCGCGCCUCCUGCCACCCGGAAUCACGUCAGCAACAACAACAACAACAACAACAACAACAACACCACCGCCACCACCAACGGGAUCUCAUCGCGAUCCGACGAUAGUUGCGUGGCAAUCCUACUCGGCACCUCCGCGUCCAACUCCCCCGGCUUCGACAUCGUAGAAUGCUCUUCCCUCCGCGAUCUCAAGACCUGCGGCCGCUCCUUCGAGCCCAUGGACUUCGGCACCAUGGCGUUUGGGAAACACCACCGCGUCACGGUUCGCGCGGAACCGGUCGAAUACGACAAGGCCGGGGUCAAGGUCUGGCAGAUUGAAUUGGGAGUCGGUGGGCUGGGCAAGACGGGCAUACGGGACUCGGCGAAUGCAAGUCUGGACGUUGCGAGGGGGGAUCUGCAUCUGGGUGGUUUGAAGAGGCAGGACAGUCAGCGCAGCAGUAUGAGUCGGAUGAGCUGGAUCGUGCAGCGCGUCGCUCGGAGGACCAGCGACGGCUCGCGGUAA